GCACGUCAGAACAUGUUUCAGAAGCAUUUGCAGACUACAAAUUAGUUUGAGAAUGAAAGCUACUCAGAUGGUCUCUACAUAAUCAGAAAAUAAUUGUACUAGUAAUAACUAUGCGAGCUGCAUUGAGGCAUAAUAUGUUGCAGUAACCUGGGUCAAAUCAGAAUGAGCUGAAUGAAACUGAAUUUUUGUAGUCGACAAUUCUGUCAAGUCACCAUGCAUAUGGGCAGGGUCAACAGAAUCAUGUUUGAUUAAUUUCACCAGGCCUGAGUUGACUGUAUGCAAGUAAUUAGUUGAAGUCUGAAAGCUGCAGUGAGUGUGUAGUAUAUUGAAAGAGUGAAUUAGCAGGCACUAGCACUCAGUAGUAGUAGUUACUUUGUGCUAAAUGGACGACUUUGAAGCUGAAGAGGAUGAGGAGUUUUGGGCAGCCACUUUGGAACAGCUGGUGGAUGGAGCAAAUGUUCCUUGUGAGCAGAUUGAAAUCAGAACUGAUGAUGAUGCUGCUGGUUCUCAUAUGCAGAAAUCAACAAUAACAUGCUCCACACUGUCGACACAAACGGAUGGCCCGCAAGCGACGAAAAGCACAGCUAGUACGGGUGUUGGCGUGGGUAGCUGCACCAGUGGCAGUAGUGGCAGUGGUGGCAGUAGUACGUUGCAGCAUAGUGGGACAACUGCCAAUCAAGAGGAAGCCGCUGCAGGCACCGAAGGCGAUGACUCAUCACGCUGGCGCACGGCCCUGAACACGCAUAAAGCAGGAAUGCAAGGUCUGGACAAGGAGCACGUUAAUCAGAUCAUUUACGAGGCGUCGAAGAAUUCACUUUAUUACCAGAAUGAAAUGAAGAAGGAGAAGGUUGUGGAGGAGCGUGUCGCAAGGCAGCAGCAGGAGCUGGCAGCCGUAACAGUGUCAGAUCGUAAGCUAGCCACCCAGCAGGCUGACGCGUACACAGCUCAUGUGGAGGCUAGCCGUGACCUCACGCGACACGUGGUGCACAUUGACAUGGAUGCAUUCUAUGCUGCUGUGGAGAUUCUGGAUCAGCCAGAGCUGGCCGACAAGCCAAUGGCUGUGGGUGGCAUGGGCAUGCUUUCGACCUCCAAUUACGUGGCUCGCAAGUACGGUGUGCGCGCAGGCAUGCCGGGGUUCAUUGGCAAGAAGCUGUGUCCAGAUCUGGUGCUCGUCAAGUCACACUUUGAUCGCUACCGGACUGCAAGUCAGGAGGUGCGAGCUAUUCUGGCAAUGUAUGAUCCUGACUUUGAAGCAGUCGGUUUGGACGAGUCCUUCUUGGACGUGACAGAGUUUGUCGAGCAGCGGCAAAGAGAAGGUAAAAUCCACUCGUACCCGAUAGAGCGUCCGGAGCCCGACAAAUGCUCAGGCGUGAAGCAGUAUAUCAUGGACGGUGAUGCCUUUGCCGGUGGUCACGAUCAACUCGUGUCUAGCGGAGCAUCUUGUAGUCAAGGUGAUCCUGCCGUGCACCAGCCUAGUGACAUAGCAACAACAAGCUCCGUGACAACAGCAAGCUCCAUGGCAACAACAAGCUCCAUGGCAACAACAAGCUCCGUGACAACAGCAAGCUCCAUGGCAACAACAGGCUGCAUGGCAACAGCAAGCUCCACCAGUGCCACUGCUACCUACUGUAGCCGGUCGCCUGAAGUAGAUCAAUGCUCUGCUGAUCCCGGUAAUGUAGCAUGUGAUUUACCUGCUGGUGCUGGUGGUGGUGGUGCUGCUGCUUCUGCUAGUGAGAAUGCAACGGAAACACAUGGUGCCUCGUCCGUGGAGGCUUGCGUCGGCGGAAAUAGCCGCUGCCAACCCGUUGCCGGAGCGCAGCGGAAGCGAUCGUUCGGCAAUAGCCUCGCCGAUGUGCUGCAAGAGAUCAUAUUUCGUGUUCACCAGCACACGGGACUGACGGCCAGCGCCGGCGUUGCUGCCAAUCGGCGUUUGGCCAAGAUAGGGUCUGACCGGAACAAGCCCAACGGCGUGUACAUACUCCCGAAUGACCGCGACGCCAUCUUAUCCUUCAUGAGAGAACUUCCCAUUCGCAAGGUGAACGGCAUUGGCAAGGUGUCGGAGCGGCUCCUGAAGGCGCUCGGCGUGAACACGUGCGGCGAGCUGUACGAGAAGCGUGACCUGCUGUGGUUGCUGCAUUCGCCCGGCACAGCGCAGUACUACAUACACAUUUCCCUGGGACUGGGCAGCAGCAGUGUGUCGUCGGCCGACGACUACCAGAGCAAGAGUGUCAGUGUGGAGCGCACCUUCCGCGAACUCAGCAAGCCACAAGAUCUGCUUGCCAAGUGCCGAGAGCUGUGCGAGAAUCUUGCCGAGGAUGUUGAGAAGGAGAAGAUGGAAGGCAAGACUGUGACUCUCAAGUUGAAAGAAGUGACGUUUCAGGUGCGCAGCCGAGCCGUAUCCUUUCCUUUGCCAGUGUCGUCGGUCGAGGCACUCUUCUCUGCAGCGUCGUCGAGCUUACGCUCUGAGAUCGCCGCCACUAAAGGACCACUUCGCCUGCGCUUGAUGGGUGUUCGCCUCUCCGGUCUGCAGCGUGUCGAGAAGAAGCAGCAGAUGAGCUUGACAAGCUUUGUUCGGCGCCCAGCAGCUACGUCUAACAAAGGUCCGUCUCAACCCGUGAGUACCGAUGCUAUACUCUUGUCGGAUGCAACUGAUGCCCCACUUGACGAUGGUAUGGACGACAGUGUCAGGCAGCAGCCGAAGCCAGAGCAGCGGCCAGAGCCAGAGCCAUCCUCACUAGAUUCUGGCAUUGGCUUGUUGGAUUCAGCAGCGAUGUCUCCCCUUUCGGCGAUGGUUGAUGAGACAGAGUUUAGCUUGGAGUCUGAUGUUCCCUCUGAAUGGGCGCCGGGGAUGGAGCCUAUGUCUGAGGCCAGAGAUGUCACUAAUUCAGCGGCAACUGCGGAAGCUGGAGCGAAACCUGCGUCCAAUGUGCAAUGCCCAGUUUGCCAGAAGUUCGUCCAUGCCCUCAGCAAUGAUCAGCUGAACGAGCACAUUGACUCCUGCCUGAACCGCUCCACUAUACAGAGCAUGGUUGCCGAGCAGUCACAGACUUCCAAGGGAGCUGUUCGGUCAUCAACACUUUCAUCCUCUGGGCCCAUGAAAGCAGCCAGUAGACCUCAAAAGCGACGGGCCCCGGGCACAUCUCAGUCUGCUAAGCGGAAAGCCACCAGUCCUGCGACUCCCACCCUGCACUCCCUAUGGUCUGCACGUUCUAAACCAACUUGAUAACUGGUACGCAGAUGAUGAUUUCACACAGCUAAUUACAACACUUUUUAUUGUAGGAAUAGCCUAGAAUUUAUUCUCCUUUUUAGAAUGGUGCCUGACCACCUACGGCUUAUUGUUCUAGUUGGGUUCUUCCACCGUUCUAUCUGCACAUCUAUGAUGUGUACGUUGUAGAUCAGACUUGAACUACUGUUACACUUGAGAAAAUUCCCCCUCUGUCUGUCUGUCUGUCUCUCCCUCCCACUCUCAAUUACUAUUCCCAGCUGGCUGGCCAGUGCAGUAGUGAGCUGACUUAGAAAUCGUCCACCAUCAUAGUUCUCGAAUCUAUUCUAGCAGAUGGCAGACAGGAGUUCUCGCCGUGCAUGCAUGCCACCAAUGGUUCAUCAGCACUACAAUCCCCCUCCCCCAGAGCGUACAACUCCGCCAUCAGUGCUGUCCCGACGCAGUCGCCUGUGAACGGCAUUUUUCAGAUGCCCUCGUACGCUGGCAGUGGGCACUGCUCAA